AUGACGAAAUCGGAGCAGCGAGCCAGGCGAAAAGCCGUCAGAGAAAAGAUUGCUGAUAUGCCCGGAAAACUGGAUCAUGCAAGCGUGGUAGCGUACUCUGUGGGAAGGCACGAUGACCUACAAGAUGUAGGGUCACCGACUCCAAGAGAUGUCGACGCUCAAACAUUGGAAAAUGGUGCUGAUGAGCACGAUGACGUCGAGAUAUCAUAUGAGACACGAGUCGUCAAUGUACAGUUGGAAAAUUUUGGUCGAAUGGACAGGGCAGCGUGUUGUGCGACGAUAGUGAUGAAGAAGGGCGACAAGGCCACGUCGUCGCUGAACGUUCGUCUCCCACAGUCCCCAGAAGAGUCGUCCACAGCCGACCAACCCCCAACUCGAAGAGGCCGUCCUGUCAGUGACUACCCUUUGAGGGAAAUCGUCGAUCCACGAUCGCCAGAAAGCGCUGAACGUCCGAUCAGCCCGUAUGAGCAGUUGCCUGUGGUGAGCUCACGCGAAAGUACUCCGGCAAAUGGCGCAAGUGGGGCGACGAGUGGUCGACGGAAAAAGCAUUCGAGAGGAUCGUCGGCACGUCAUACGCUGGGCGUUGAUGUGCAAUGGCUAAAGCGAUUCGUUACGAAGAAAGACGAGCAUGAACAAAGCCAACCAGCAAUCACGCCCACCAACGACGAGAGGAAUUCGUUCACUGCAAACGGCGGCCCUGAGAGGGUUUCCCUACGGCAACGUCUUCGUGUACUGCUCGGCUCGAAUCGCAACCUUCACACGCAUAUGGAACCACAAAUCUCCGCCGAAAAGCCCUCCAGGCCGCAAUGGCUUGCUCUGCGAAAUAAUGCAAGUAGGGUCUGA